AGUGUUCUCGGUAACUUUAUCGUGGACCGUUUCCGCCUCCAGUCCUCCGGUUUCUGCAGAACCAGAACGGAACCAGAGAAACCAGAGAAGCAGCGGCGGACACCGAGCGGCCCGGACGGUCCGUUCAGUCACCGGCAGCACCGGGACCAACGGCGGGAAACCGUUACCAUGGCGAAGACCUACGACUACCUGUUGAAGCUGCUGCUGAUCGGAGACAGCGGCGUCGGUAAGACCUGUCUGCUCUUCCGGUUCAGCGAGGACGCCUUCAACACCACCUUCAUAGCCACCAUCGGAAUCGACUUUAAAAUCAGAACGAUUGAGAUCGAAGGGAAAAAAAUCAAACUUCAGAUCUGGGACACUGCGGGUCAGGAGCGGUUCAGGACGAUAACAACAGCCUAUUACAGAGGAGCCAUGGGCAUCAUGCUGGUGUAUGACAUCACCAUGGAGAAGUCCUUCGACAACAUCAGGAAUUGGAUCCGCAACAUCGAGGAGCAUGCGUCUGCAGACGUGGAGAAGAUGGUUUUGGGGAACAAAUGUGACAUGAACGAUAAGAGGCAGGUUUCCAGAGAGAGAGGAGAGAAGCUCGCCAUCGAUUACGGGAUCAAGUUCCUGGAAACCAGCGCCAAGUCCGGCAUCAAUGUGGAGGAGGCCUUCUUCACUCUGGCCACAGACAUCAUGAGCCGCCUGAACAGGAAGAUGAGCGACUGUAACCCGUCUGCUGGAGGUCCAAUGAAGAUCUCAGAGUCUCGAUCCAAGAAGAGUCUGUUCAGGUGUUCGCUGCUGUAGGCGGAGCCUCCUGCUACAGUAGGGCGGGGCUCCUGGUCAGACCCCGGCCCUUCCUGCCUCUGCUGACCAUCUACCUGUGGACACAUGAAGAACCUGCUGUGACUCUGCCGUCUUUCCUUCUCCUGUUCUAACAUGAGGGGGCAGAGCCAACACGUGACUGUUAACGAGGGGGGAGGAGCCAAAUAUGACUUAAUGAGGGGGCAGGACUACAUAUGACUGUUAAUGAAGGGGGUGGAGCCUGUGUGUUUGACCCAAAGCCUGAGGAGUCUCUGCUGCCACAAACAAACAUGGAGGACGGCAGCUCACCUGGAAGCUUCUCACCUGUCAGUCUACCUGCAGGUGCUGACAUCAUCAGAACACCUGAACUCACCUGUUGGACUGAAACUAAACUUCGCUUCCUGUUUUAUUAAUUCAUCCUCUGAUGUUCCAGAAAACAACAUUUCAGUUUCAAAGUUUACAGAAUAAAGAUCAGCUGAUCAGAGGUCCAUUUAUCAAUAAUUUAUCAAUAUUUUAAUAGUUUAUCAAUACUUUAUAUUUGGUUUAAUUUUUACUUUAGAAUCCAUAAGUAAAUCUUCAGGGAAAAUAUUAAACUAAAAUGUUUCAGUUUAAACAUCCGAGGAUGGAAACAGGAAACUGGACUCGCUGUUUGUUCGUCGGAGCGUUCUGAUUGGUCGGCGCUUUGUAACUCGCUAUGCAAAACCACUUCCCGUUGUUCCUGCGCUCUGAUUGGUUGCCUGCUUCUCCCAGCUGAUCAGAGGAAAAUUUUUAUACUUUAUUCUUUGAGUUUAUUUUUUACCUUUCAGAAUAAAUGCCUCUCAUAUCUGCUCUGUUCCUUCACGUUAAAAGCUUUUAUUAAAUAAACAUUUUAUAUUUCUGA